CUCUCGUCUCUACCACGACAUCAUCAUUGAUCAUAGACCUCGAAGGUGAAGCACAGGUCUAGCUCUACUUAAUUCCUGGUUGACCAAAACCACACAACCGCCAUAUUACCUCGUCAGCGCCACCAUUCAGCCGAGGUAAGAAUCUAGCAACCAUGAAGCUCCGGACAUGUCCAUCACUCUUCCACAACAGGUCAGCCUGUCGAGCCAGAUAUGGAGGAGGACUGGGACCUGGAGGAAGCAGAAACCUGUCUCAAAAACCAUUCAUGGCACCCUCACGGCGAGCCCCUGCUGUGUCCAACAGCAUAUCCCAUGAGGGAAUAUUCCAACAGUCGAACCACGUGAUUGGAACGACAGUGCCGUGGUUAGUGCGAGCACAGCAUACUCAAGCAACAACAUCUUCUUCCUCUCGCUCGACACCAACCGUCAUGGUCAAUGACAUGACCAACCAAGAAAUCCUGGUCGAUUUCCCCUUGGACGGGAAAGUGGUACGAUACCCAUCAUUCUGGCUCCGCGACCAAUGUCCCUGUUCGAGCUGUCAACAUCCGACAACGCACCAACGCCAGCUCGACACAUUCAGCAUCGACCCAGAAAUCAAAGUCCAGACGGUGAAAUCUACACCCGAAGGCCUAGAAGUCACCUGGCCGACAUCUCCCGCCGACGAGGCGCUUGCUUCUCAGACCUCUCCUGACUCCCAGGGGAGCCAUCAUCACAGCCUCUACGACUGGACAUGGCUAUCAUCCCACCCACCAUUCCUCCAAACAUCCACCUCACCAUCAGGAACCCCCUCCUCUCCACUAAAACACCUCGAACCAACACGAGAAUGGGUCCACGUCCCCACAUCCACACCAGCGACAUCCCUCCCGCGAGUCUCCUACCCGUCCAUCAUGUCCACGGACGACGGCCUGCGAGAAUUCCUAUCCAACAUCCACCGGUACGGCCUGUGUUUCAUGCCGGAGACACCCGUCUCACCGAGCGCAACACAAGACCUAAUCGAACGCAUCGCACAUAUCCGCGCCACCCAUUACGGCGGAUUCUGGGAUUUCACAUCCGAAGUCAAUCCCAUCGACACAGCCUACACAAACGACUACCUCCCACCUCACACCGACACAACGUAUUUCACUGAUCCCGCAGGAUUACAACUAUUCCAUUGUCUGUCACACACAGCAAUCGAUGACCCGAUGAAACCCGGUGCAGGUGGGGAAAGUACGUUUGUCGAUGGAUUUGCGGCGGCUCAAAGGCUCUUCCAGACGAGGCCGGAGCUGUACAAUAUUUUGUCAACGACGCCAAUUCUUUCCGCGGCGUUGGGCUCACCCGCAGGUGAGUUUUAUAAUACCGCGAGUAACGCAAAGGGGUAUCCGGUUUUGGUGCAUACGAGUGCGGUGCCGGGUCGUUCGAAUCCGAAUCCGAAGACUUUGACGCAGAUUCGUUGGAAUAAUCUCGAUCGGCUAGCGCCCACGGUGCCGAGUUUUCUUAAUCAUACUGCGCUGAAACAAUGGUAUACGGCCGCUCGUGAAUGGUCCAAUAUCCUCUCCUCGCCAGAGUUCCUGCUCACUAUCAAACUCCAGCCUGGUGAGCCGGUGAUUUUCGACAACUGGCGCACAUUACAUGGGCGAUUGGCAUUUGAAGGCAAGAGACGGAUUUGUGGUGCUUAUAUUGGCAUGGAUGACUUCCAGGCCAAGUUGAGAGGGGUCGGCAUCGAGGUAUAAGAGCUUGUAUUAUAGCACUAUCUCUGUGUCACGUUCCAACCGUGCCAUAUUGAUACCCAGCCCACAAAACAACCACUACCAGACCCACCCAUGGGCCAACCUCUUGAUGGAACAAAAAGGCUUCCUUUGAUCUCAUGAAAACAACGCCGCCCAUUCCGGACCUCGAUCCAGCUUUUUGUACAUGGCCCGAGUGGACUCUCGUACUUCAAUGCCUUGACGUUGAUCCAAUUCUUCCCGUGCUCGAGCAAUGCGAAUGAUUUCUCCUCGGUGAAAUGCCACAAAGGGUUUGUAGCU